UUUAGGAAAACAAACAUGGCUUUGCUUUCAACUUUCAUCAUUGCCGCUUAGUCGCCGAUCGUGGCAAAAAUAUUUCUGACCUGUUUUGGAAUCUAACUGGGGACGACGGCGCUUGCAUGUGUCUGUUAUGGGAAAUCUUUAAUCUAAAUUUUUUCCAUAAAAACUAUGGUGAAAACUCUCUAUAUUGUAGUAUAUGGAUACACUGGGCGCAUCUGAUGCUUUAGGGCUUGACCCACCAACAUCUGGAAAUGUUAACCAUUUGGAUGAUGGGUUAAGAGGUAGUUCCUUAAACUUAAACACACCAACAGACAUUACAGAUACCAAUGUCAUGUUUCAUGCUCCUUCAUUGGACCUGGAUCAUGAUAUGUUUGGGUUUUACAAUGCCGAUGACCCACACAAUGAGAUUCAUGAUGAAAUUAUGCCUGAACAUAAUGAUACUGUAGAAUCAUCAGAGAAUGGCCAAAACAUUUCAAUGGUUAAUGAAAAGGAGAAUGUUAGUUUAGAGCCAACUGAAGAAAAUGAUGUGGAUAACUUUGAAGAAGCAGAACAUCGUUUGUUUGAAGGUGGUGAUGUGGAGGCUUAUGAGUCAGAAGACGGCACUGGUAAAUGUGAAUAUUGUGGUGUGGUUGGAUUACAAGAUAAUUUUUAUUCAAAAAGUAAAAGAUUCUGUAAAAUGGAAUGUUCAAAGAAAUAUUCAGCACUUUUUCAGAAAAAAGGACCGGGGACAAGAGUUGCUAUUUCCACAUUGAAUAGGCCUAACAAGAGGAAAAUACAACGUCCUGCUAUUAAAUUUAAAAAAGUUAAGGUUGAAGCACAGCUAGAUACAGGUACAAUGUCAAAUUUAGAAUCUACUUUGCAACAAGUUUCAAUAAAUGAAAAUAAACCGCAAACAGAUGAAUUACCAUCAACCAGUGAUGAUUUUAUAAAUGAAAUUACUGAGAAUAGCAAUACUGCGAGUUGGAUAGAUCAAGAAUUUAAUUGGAAGGAAUAUCUGGCACAAAAUAACGACAAACCUGCUUCUGAAAGGUUGUUUAAGCAUAUUGUGAAAGCCCCAUCACUGACGGAAGCUCACGUUGGAAUGAAAGUGGAAGUAACUAAUGACCAUUCAGAUUUGACAAAAGAAACUGAUGUUUCGUUUUGGCUUGGAACAGUAAUAAACGCAGAUCAGAACAUGGUAAUGUUAAGAUACGCUGGUUAUGAUAAUGAUGUUUCAGAUUUUUGGAUUGAUAUUCGUUCCAAGCUUAUACAUCCAAUUGGAUGGUGUUACAAGACACGUCGACCAUUAGUACCUCCACCAGAGUUGAAAGAAUCUAUUGCUGAAUGGCAGAAGUUUGUAUUUCAACAAUUGUCAGGAGCACGAACGUUAUCAUCUGAUUUUAUGGACAGAGUACGAAAAGGACAUUAUAAUAAAUUUGAAAUUGGAAGCAAAGUUGAAGUUUGUGAUAAGCAUAAUUUGAUUUCAAUGUGUGUUGCAACAAUUAUUGACAUCGUUGGUGAUCGAUUGCGCUUACGAUAUGAUGGUUUGGAGGACGAAUCAGCUGGUGAUUACUGGUCACAUUUUCUUUCCAAUGAUAUUCAUCCAGUAGGUUGGUCUCAGUUAGUUGGCCAUACCUUAUCACCUCCUCAUGGGUGGCAACAUACAUUGACUGAUUGGAAUGAAUUUCUCGCUGAGGAUCUACACGAGUCCAACGAUGCAUUACAAGAAUGCUUUGUACCUGAAUCGAUGGGCACCCCUCCUUCUGAUGCUGGUUCGUUUGAAGUGGGCAUGAAACUUGAGGCUCUUGAUCCUCGUAAUCCAUUGUGUUUAACAGUAGCUUCUAUUGUUAAAACUCUCCAGUUCAAUUAUUUUAUAGUUGGUUUAGACUCUCAAGAAACAUUUUUUAUCUGUCAUUCUACAAGUACUAGCAUAUUUCCCGUGGGUUGGGCAAAACAACACAAAGUAUUCUUAACACCACCAAGAGAUUAUGCAGGGAAACCAUUUGAUUGGAAUAAAUAUGUAAUAAAAACAGAAAGUGUUGUAGCACCAUCACAUUUGUUUCUACACUUGAAAAGAAGAGUUGUUCCAUUCGAAAUAGGGACCAAAGUUGAAGCAGUUGAUCUCAGAGAACCCUCAUUUAUUUGUCCCGCAACGAUUGUAGCCACGCAUGGUUGCCUUUUAAGGGUUCAUUUUGACGGUUGGGAUUCCACCUUUGACCAGUGGGUUAGCCACGAAACACUUGAUUUAUUCCCAGUUGAUUGGUGUGAAAAAAACGGACAUCCAUUGCAACCACCUGGUUCACUGAUACCAGAUCCCGUCUUAGAUACGUUAAGGAUGAAAAAAGCGUCAAAUACUAUUGCCAGAAGAGGUUCAAGCCAUGGUAGGGUCGGACGACCGCCUGGUUCUCUUAAUAAAACGCAUACACCGAGAGGUCCUGCAGGCCGAGGAUUGACAGGGAAAGGCGGAAAAGGUGGUAAAGCAGGUGGCAAGCGUGGAAAGUUAAAACUAACAGCCAAUACGGGAAAUGUGCCUUUUGAAAGACAAAGAUUUGGUAAUCUGAGAGAGAUGAGAAAGGGAAGUGAUGUGCAAUUUGCAUUUAACCAAAAAUGUGCAUGUGGACCGUUUCUAAAUCCAGAUGAAAUUCGAAAGUUACCGAACAGUAUUAGCGGAUAUUUAAAUGGACCGCCUCAUCAGAACUGUAUUAGAAAGAGUUUACUUGACAUUGUUAAUGCAGCUAUAGACCCUAACCAACUGUUAGAAUUGUUUAGUAGAGAAUUUUACCAAUCGAAAAAGCAUAAAGACUUAAAAUUAGACAAUAUUGUUUGCCUUGAAAUAACAGGUAAAAAUGGUAAAAGGUUUUUAAGGAGAAUCAGAGGACCGAGUCGAUCUGGUAUUUUAGCGAAAUAUCUGCAGAGAAUAUGCGAGAUGUUGCAAUGCUGUCCAUAUUUGAUUGUUGAAGACAGGUUUCCAUCUGGAAAGUGUGAUAACGAUUGUCAUUCAAUAUUUAACGAUGGCUCGUCAUCAGUGCGUGGAAUUUCCCAGGAGCACCACACCAAAACUCUGUUAGAUGACGACAAUAUGAUUCCUGAAGAUGAAAAAGAUAAUAGCAUGGAUGAAUUCUCGAUUCAUGUAGAACAACUGACUGCAUCGAAUUCAACUGUUACUAGUUCAACUACUCAAUCGACGGCUCCUAUAGAUUCGCCUUGUGAUCCUUCAUCUUCCUCAAUUGAUCGCGGAAUUGAUCCAUUGAAUUUGUUAGAUCAGGAGUUUCUUAGUUCUAAAGACCCAAGAGAAUGGUCGGUGCAAGAAGUAAUGGAUUUUAUGACUGCUAUUGGUUGUCCUGCGCAUGCACCUUCCUUUCAGAAACAGGAAAUUGACGGCAAAGCCCUAUUCUUGUUAUCUUUUGACGAAUUGGAAUCGUUAACGGAGAACAAACUUGGACCUAUUACGAAAUUAAAGGACGCAUUGCAAAGUCUAAAAAAGAUGUGGCAAAUCCCGACGUCGUCAUCUUGAGUUGUGUAUUUAAAACAGUGGUUGUAAUUGUGUUUCACCUUUGUUGUUUGUUUUUCUUCUGCCGUUGUUUGUCCUGAUUGCUAUAAUUAUUAUAUUCUCAAGAUUACGAGCUUUUUUAUUAGUUUUGCUUUUUAACGACAUUCUUUAAUGUAUAUAUUCCUAAGUAACUAUUUUCAUAUAUCAGUAACUAUCUAGACACCUAGCUCUAUGCUGAAUAUGAAUCUUUUCAGUAUGUCAAAGGCGAUAUUGCCUUUGAUAUCAAAGUUGAUUUCAAGAAUUAGUUGUACGCUCGCUGUAUGCUUUUGUGAAAUAUGUCUUAUAGUUGUACGAUGUAAAUAAGGUGAGAAAAGUCCCAAUAAACUGUAGUAUAAAUAUUGGGAUAAUAGUGUUGUAUAUAAUUUUGCUAUAUACGCCAGUAUGAAUUACUGAAGACGGAGCUCGUUAGCAAUUAUUUGCAGCUCCUGCUUUCAGUGGGUUGUAUUUUUAUAUAAGAAAGUAAGCUCUCUAAUAAUUGUCCGCCUGAUUGUUUUGUUAAAUUUAUUUUUCAAUUCUCCGAAAUUUACACCAUUGAUCAGAUUCCUAAAAUAUUCAAACUAUUGAAUAUAUUAUUUGCGAUUUUAUUUCUACUAUAAAGAUUGACGUUUAUAUUUUCCUCCCCUUUUUCCUGUCAUUUUUUUCUGGCUUGAAAUGUCCGAAGUGCUUAUUGGAUCCUACAAAUAAAUGCGAGCUUUUUACAAGAGAAUUUCACAGUUAAAAUCAAUUUGUUCCUAGAAUACUAUUGUGAUAAUAUAAGACUUGUUAAAAAACUGCUAAAGAUUUCUGUUUGUACUUUUCUCAAGUAAAAUACAACUCAUAGGUUUAUUUUUGAUAAGAUGUUUGUCAAUAAAGAAAUAUAAUAAUUUAUAUCCAUGUGAGCAAGGAGAUUCCUCCAUUCUUUUUCUCCACUCCACUUGUGUCAUUUACUGGAACUUAAUUCGUAUUUCAAGAAGAUUGACUGCUUGUAAAAAUUACUGAAUUUAAAAUUGAAUAUAGGUUGAUUUAGUUUUUAAUGAAUAAAUGUGGACAUAUUUGUACCUGCUCUACAGAGAAUACAAAACACUUUUGCUAAACA